UCUAUCUCUUUAAUUUCUUCCCAACAUCUCUCCCGUUUUCUGUUGAUCCCUCCAUCCCCAUUCUCGAUCUUCUCUUCUCUGUUCGAUCAAAUCGAUGGCGAAGAUCCUGCUCCAUGGGACGCUGCACGUGACCGUGUUCGAGGCCGACGGGCUGUCCAACCCUAGCAGGCCCAGCAGCCAAGCUCCCCAGUUCCUCCGCAAGCUGGUGGAGGGGAUCGAGGACACGGUGGGCGUGGGCAAGGGCACCAGCAAGGUGUACGCCACCAUCGGCCUCGACAAGGCCCGCGUCGGCCGCACCCGCACCCUCGCCGACGACACCGCCGCCCCUCGCUGGUACGAGUCCUUCCACGUCUACUGCGCCCACCUCGCCUCCGACGUCCUCUUCACCCUCAAGGCCAAGAACCCCAUCGGCUCCUCCCUCCUCGGCGUCGCCUACCUCCCCGUCCGCGACAUCUUUGCCGGCGCAGAGGUCGAGCGCUGGCUGCCCCUCUGCGACGACGUCGACGCCGAGCGCAAGCCCGUCGGCGACGGCGAUAGCAAGGUCCACGUCAAGCUCCAGUACUUCGACAUCUCCAAGGACCGGAGCUGGGGGCGAGGCGUCCGCAGCGGCAAGUACCCCGGCGUGCCCUACACCUUCUUCUCGCAGCGGCAGGGCUGCAAGGUGACGCUGUACCAGGACGCGCAUGUCCCCGACGGGUUCAUCCCCCGCAUCCCGCUCGACGGCGGCCGCUGCUACGAGCCGCACCGGUGCUGGGAGGAUAUCUUUGAUGCCAUCAAUGGCGCCAGGCACCUCAUCUACAUCACCGGCUGGUCGGUGUACACGGAGAUCGCGCUGUUGCGGGACGCCGACCGGCCCAAGCCCGGCGGAGGAGUGACGCUCGGGGAGCUGCUCAAGAAGAAGGCUGGCGAGGGCGUGAGGGUGCUGAUGCUGGUCUGGGACGACCGGACCUCCGUCGGGGUGCUCAAGAAGGACGGGCUCAUGGCGACGCACGACGAGGAGACGAUGAACUACUUCCAGGGGACGGAGGUGAACUGCGUGCUGUGCCCGCGCGACCCCGACGACUCCGGCAGCAUCGUGCAGGACCUGCAGAUCUCGACCAUGUUCACGCACCACCAGAAGAUCGUCGUCGUCGACCACGACAUGCCGCGCCAGGGAGGGCGGCGCCGGAUCGUGAGCUUCGUCGGCGGGCUCGACCUCUGCGACGGCCGGUACGACACGCCGUGCCACUCGCUGUUCCGGACGCUGGGCACGGCGCACCACGACGACUUCCACCAGCCAAACUUCGCGACGGCGGCGUUGGCGAAGGGCGGCCCGCGGGAGCCGUGGCACGACAUCCACUGCCGCCUCGAGGGCCCCGUGGCGUGGGACGUGCUCUACAACUUCGAGCAGCGGUGGCGCAAGCAGGGCGGCAAGGACCUCCUCGUCCAGCUCCGGGACCUCGCCGAGGUCAUCAUCCCGCCGUCGCCGGUGGUGUUCCCCGAGGACACCGAGUCGUGGAACGUGCAGCUGUUCCGGUCCAUCGACGGCGGCGCCGCGUUCGGGUUCCCGGACACCCCCGAGGACGCCGCCCGCGCCGGGCUCGUCAGCGGCAAGGACCAGAUCAUCGACCGGAGCAUCCAGGACGCGUACAUCAACGCCAUUAGGAGGGCCCGGAGCUUCAUCUACAUCGAGAACCAGUACUUCCUCGGGAGCUCCUACUGCUGGAAGGCCGACGACGGCGUCAAGCCGGAGGACGUCGGCGCGCUGCACCUCAUCCCCAAGGAGCUGUCCAUGAAGGUGGUGAGCAAGAUCGAGGCCGGCGAGCGGUUCACCGUCUACGUCGUCGUGCCCAUGUGGCCGGAGGGCAUCCCGGACAGCGGCUCCGUCCAGGCCAUCCUCGACUGGCAGCGCCGCACCAUGGAGAUGAUGUACACCGACAUCGCCCAGGCCAUCCAGGCCAAGGGCAUCGACGCCGACCCCAAGGACUACCUCACCUUCUUCUGCCUCGGCAACCGCGAGGCCAAGGCCGCCGGCGAGUACGAGCCGCCGGAGCAGGCCGAGCCCGACACCGGCUACUUCAAGGCCCAGCAGAACCGCCGCUUCAUGAUCUACGUCCACACCAAGAUGAUGAUCGUCGACGACGAGUACAUCAUCGUCGGGUCGGCGAACAUCAACCAGAGGUCCAUGGACGGCGCGCGCGACUCGGAGAUCGCCAUGGGCGCGUACCAGCCGCACCACCUGGCGGCGGCGGGGCGGCCGGCGAGGGGGCAGGUGCACGGCUUCCGGAUGGCGCUGUGGUACGAGCACCUCGGCACAGUCGACGACGCGUUCCAGCGGCCGGAGAGCGUCGACUGCGUGCGCAAGGUGAACGCCAUGGCGAAGAGGUGCUGGGACCUCUACGCCGGCGACGGGCCGGAGCGCGACCUGCCCGGACACCUCCUCACCUACCCCGUCGGCGUCGCCAGCGACGGCACCAUCACGCAGCUCCCCGGCGUGGAGUUCUUCCCGGACACCGAGGCGCGGGUUCUUGGCGCCAAAUCCGACUACCUCCCGCCAAUUCUAACCACUUAGAAAUAAAACCUCUCUGCAUUUCAUCGAAUGAAAAGUUUUGAAUUUACUUUUGAAUAAGCACACCACACUAGUUUAUGGGUUUCUCUAUUGAUUUUGGACAAUAAGAGCUGCAUUAGUGCAGUAAACAUGGUGAUGAAUAUUUGCUACUAGUUUUCACGUUGUGGAUUUGAACUUGAUUGAUUAUUUGCUUGGUUGA